GUGCAACGGGGCUUUUAUUUUGGAGGGGGUCGUGCCUCAACCCCGCGGGCUUGACAGCAGCCGGGUCGGUGUGAGUGGAAAAGGACAUCUGCACUUCUGUCACAGCCGCAGCAGCAGCAGCAGCAGCGGACUGAGCCGGUGGAGGGAGCACCAGACGUGCCGGCCCUCUGCACGUGUGUGUAGCCGCUCAUUGUGUGACUGUGCGCCGCGCGCCUCACCGGGUUCACGGCGCCGAUUUCACGCGUUCACUGAAAAAAAAAAAAAUGAUGAAUCACUGUUGAGUAACGGAACGGACCCGGAGGGAGUUUAUUCCGGAGUGACGAGCGCGCAGUGAGAUCACAGAUCAGCCACUUAACACCCACAUAACCGAUAUUAAACUACUACGAUGGAGGCCGGUGAGGAGCAUUCACAGAUACCGUCUGAUGAGAGGGGGAAUGCUGUGAGGCCCUCAGAUCUGAAGGUGGUCGCCGAGAGGACGACGGCAGCAGAGGCGCACAGACCCACAUGGAGUGGGCGGCUGGACUUCGUCCUGGCCUCGGUGGGGUACGCGGUGGGGCUGGGCAAUGUGUGGAGGUUCCCCUACCUGUGCUACAGCAGCGGUGGAGGUGCCUUCAUGAUCCCGUAUCUCGUCAUGCUGGUCCUGUGUGGCUUCCCUCUGCUCUUCAUGGAGUACACUAUUGGGCAGUACACUCGUUUAGGUCCCGUGCAUGCUUUCGCCAAAAUGUGUCCCUUGUUCAAAGGUGUUGGUCUGGCCACAGUUGUUAUCGCCUUUGUGUUUUCCACGUACUACAGUGUGCUCAUGGCUUGGGCACUUUACUAUUUGUUCAACUCGUUUGGAGCGACCCUCCCCUGGACGUCCUGCAACAACACCUGGAACGAUGUCGGAAACUGUUCCAGCGGUUUUCAGGGCAACAACACCCACGUGCAGUCUGCCAGCCAGCAGUUCUUUGAUCUCAGGCUUCUGGAGAAAACGAACGGCAUUAGUGAAGCUGGUGGGAUUCGCUGGGAACUCUUCGGCCUUCUCAUGGUUACCUGGGUCGUCGUGUAUUUUUGCAUAUUUAAAGGAGUCCAAUCCACCGGCAAGGUUGUGUAUUUCACCGCUACAUUUCCGUACUUCAUCCUGUUCGCCCUGCUCAUCAACAAUGUGCAACUCCCUGGAGCUAAGAACGGCAUCCUCUACUUUGUGACGCCCGUCUGGAGCAAACUGUUCGAAGUGAAGGUUUGGGUGAAUGCAGCUGCUCAGGUGUUUAACUCCAUUGGAAUAGGAUUUGGCUCCAUGGUGACGAUGGCGAGUUACAACAAGUUCAACAACAACAUCGUCAGGGAUGCUUUGAUUGUAACAGUCACCAACUCAUUCACGAGCAUCCUGGCUGGCUUUGUGAUCUUCUCAGCUAUCGGCUACAUGUCUCAUAUUCACAACCUCCCAGUGGACAACAUAGCUACAGAUGGUCCCGGGUUGGUGUUCGUCGUGUACCCGGAGGUCCUCUCCACCAUGCCCGCCUUUCAGCUGUGGGCCGUUCUGUUCUUCUUCAUGCUGCUGUUACUGGGUUUGGACAGCCAGUUUGCCACAGCUGAGGUCGCCGUUACGUUCAUAAAAGACGAGUUUGGCCCUCAAGUUAUGCGCCUCAUGAAGAGAGAAGAGCUGCUGACCCUCGUUGUCUGCAUCGUUUACUUCCUUCUGGGGAUCCCUCACAUUACCCAGGGAGGUAUUUACGUGUUUCAGCUGAUGGACCAGUACGCCGCCGUGGUUUCCCUCAUGUUCCUGGCUUUCUUUGAAGUUGCAGCUGUCUGCUGGGUCUUUGGUGUCUCGAGGAUCUCCUUAAUGAUUGAGAGGAUGCUCGGAAAAGCUCCAAACAUCUACUUUCGUCUCUGUUGGAGGUUUUUCUCUCCUGUAUUGGUGCUGUGUAUCCUGAUCUCCAGCAUUGCCCAGCACUCUUCAACCAAAUAUGAAAACUUCACGUACCCACUGUGGGCUGAAUUGGUGGGCGUGGGCAUCGCACUGGUGUCCAUAGUGUGGAUCCCACUUGGAGCCGUUCAAGAGAUCUACAACAACAAAGGUUCACUUCUCCAGAGAUUGAAAACAGCCUCGACCCCCACAAUAGACCUGGAUGCUGAAGAUUGGCUGCCGGAAAAACAAAACCUGGACAACCCCGCGUCUGAAACCUUGUUGACUUCAGUGGCGUGAGCAGGAACGCAGCACAAAGCCACGUCGGUGCGCCCGUACACGCCGUGUUUAGUGACGUAAUGAACCGCAUUUACAGUCUUAAAGUUUCUAUCGUCAUAGAAGUCAUAUUCUUUUUCGUGUUACCAAAGGACUCCUUACAUUAUCUUAAAGGAUAAAUUCACCCGAAAAUGAAAAUUUCAGUGUUAUCUACUCAUCCUCAUUUCGCUGGACACUCAAGUGAAGUUUCAUCGUCAGCAAAACAUUCCUGGAGCUUCACAAAACAGCGCUGCAGCUUUUUCUUGGUUUUUUUUGGACUUAUUUUAGUUUGUUGAAGACGUUUCACUUCUUAUCCAAGAGUUAGUUUGUUAGAAACACCCUCAAGAAACUGAAAGAAAGUCCAGUUCCCUACGAUGCAGCACUUGGAUUUAUCAUAACCAGGACGACUGAGAAGCUUCAUCAACAUGACAUGGCUCCUUACAGCUCGUCCAGCGUAAUCUUCUGAAGUCCAGAGAUCCCAAAUUGUUUUGAAAAGACACAAUUUUGGCUUCAGAAAGAGAUCCCAUCAGCAUGAGGAUGAGUAGAACGUGACUGUAUUUUAAGUUUUGGGUGAUAUUUUCCUUUAAGUGUAUUGUACAUUUAUGGUGCUUUCACCCAUUUACUCUUCACAGUUGAAUUCCACAGAAUGAAAACGCCACUUUGUGCAAAGUGUACAAUCAAAAUCUGAGAUUUUGUCCACCGACUACAGGUUAGAUUAAUUUAAUCUGAUCAGGUUUGAGUGAUCAUGCGUCCUGUCGACUAUGCAGCCAAAGAGAGUCAAAUGAUAAUCCCUAAUUUAUGCACUUUUUCUCUUGCAGUCUCUGAUAGGUGUCAGUGAGUUUGUGUGGAUUAAGUGUAUUACUCAUCUGUGGCAGAGGCAAUCAUUAUCUUAACUUACUUUUUAGCUGGAUACAUUUGUACUGGAACACCUGUUUUUGAUGAAAUGCAUCACAAACAGGCUGUGAAAGUCUUUGAACCGCGACACGACAGCCUGUCUGAGCCAGAAGAAGCGAGAAAAUGCAGACGAUGACGCUUUAGUGUCGUGAGAAACGUUAGCAUGUGAUGAGCGCCGUUCACAUGAGGUAAAACCCUCGAACAGAUGUUAGCGGAGGUGAUCAAAAGUGGGUCGGGGAUGGAUGUGAUCUGGGCUGCAGGUUAAUGUUACACCCAUGAAUCGGUACUUGGAUGAUCCGCCUGAUCUCUGCAGGUUUGAGAGGUGGAUUAUUCAGUAGUGGAGGAGCAGGAGGACUCUGAAGAGUUUUAGAGAUUGCAAGUGAUGUCUUUGAUCAGCGUCCACGAAGCUGAAUCGGGCUAAUGAGGGCAGAUAAUCUUCAGCAGGGCAACGUUUAUCUGGUAAUCUGGGAUCUCUCUGGUUCCUGUAUUCAAAAACCUGCAGUUAAUCACUGAUCACAAGGAGUUUCGUAGUCUAACUCGAGCUUCAGCUUUGAGAUCCGACAUCAGUGUUGAGUCAUUUCUUUUUAAUGACUGACCUCCUGUCGGGUCGGGAUCGUAGUCAGAGUGUACCAGUUUUUUUGAGGGUGUUUAUAUUCUGUCGUACGUGAACAGAAGAAGGUUCAAGUCAGAGUCGGAAUUAUAAUCUCCGGUUUAAUGUGUGACAUGUAGUAGAUGAUCUACCUCAACUGGAAAUGACCGGAGGAGUUAUUUCACGCAGUCACGAUCGUCUAACUAUUACUGAUAUCUCACCAGACAAGCCAUCGCUCAGUGCCUUCUUCUUUUGUUCUCGAAAGCAUCGAACACACGCUCUGAUAAGAAAUGCUGACGAACAUCCGAGCAUGAUUUCACAAUAAUGAUGCGUGUAUUUUACACCUCGUUCUCACUAUUUAAACGAUUGCGAAGAAAAUAAUAACGCGCAGUUUCUGAGUGCAACACCGCUGUCUUAAAAACAAAUCCCAGGUCUGUGAGAAACCAUCAGAUGUGAUGUCGGUGCUAACUAAACAAAAAUCAUUACAUCACAACAAGGUUACGUGCUGGACGUUUGGAAGUAAACGCAGAUGUAACGGGUGAAAACGCUGUGACCCCAGUUUUUAUAUUUGUUUUCAUAUUUCUCUGAGAAACUUGUUGGAAAAAAAUUAAUCUGGGCUUUAAAGUUUCACGAGAAACUUCAUGUUACCUUCUUCAAGUGCCUUUUUAUGAUUUUUAUUUUAAAUUAAUUUAAUUUGACAACCAAAACAUUUAUUUAAGAUGUCGCAUGUUGAAUUUGUUGUUGCACACUGUAAAAAAAAAAAAAAAAUCUGACUUGAAAUGACUUUACUUAAAAAAAUUUUUAAAAAUCGAUGAAGAGAUUUUCUUGAGAUAAUCGGAUUCCUCGAUUUCUAAAAAAGUAAAUUCAACUUUGAACAUUUACAGUGUAAAAGUGCAUUAUUUUCCCUUUUUUUCAUGAAUUAUAUCAACUGUUUUAAACAUGCAAAGAUUUUGUCCUCUAAUACGUUCCUGUUUACACUUUCUGAUAUUUAGCUUGAAUAUGAACUGAGAUACAAAAUUUCAAUGGACUAUAAUCUAAAAAUGUAAGCAGAUUACCUCAAAAUUACCAAGUAAGGCCUUCGUUUAGAAGCCGUUAAAGCUUCUCAGCUCGCACAACUCAACUGUAAUAGUUUUCUUUACUUGGUAUUUCUGAGGUUGUCAGUAUCCUGACUUGGGUUAUUUGAAAAACGGGAGUUUGGCGGACGUGUACCAUGACGCACUGACAUUAUCGGUUUUCUUCUCACCUUUAAAUUUCACUGAUUACACUGUAAAACUGACUGUACUGACUUUUGAGCUGGUACAACUUAAAUGUAACAGUAGAAUCAGGUAAUCGGUUUCCUGACUUUUUUUGACGUGAAGUCAACAUCUGAUUGAUCGGUGACGUCAGCUGCUGCAGUUUGUGACUGAAUGCUGAUGAAUGAAUGAAUAAAUGAACGAAAAGCAGCAGAAUUUAUUUGCUCCAUGAAAUCAUCAACUCAAUGAUGUGAUUUUCAUUUGUUAGUUUCAUAUUAUUUUCACUGUUAACCUGUUGUGUCAAGCUAAUCAGACUUUAUAUAAAACAAGUAUAUAUA